AUGCACCCGCUGCGAAAGGUACCAGGGCCGCCGCUGGCAAGGGUUACGGAGCUAUGGCGGACCAAGAAAUAUUUUCAAGGCAGGUGGCACGAAGAUAUUUUGCAGCUUCAUCGGCAGUACGGUCCGGUUGUCAGAAUCUCCCCGAACGAAGUCAGUAUUGUGAGCCCAGACCUAGUCAAGACCGCCUAUAGCCAUAGCAAAGGAACUGUAAAGACGAAGUGGUAUGAUACUUGGUUGACCUUGGGAGGAGGGAAAUCGAAUGAUUCUCCGUCGUUUUUUGGAGCAAGAGAUCCAGCACAACAUGGCUUUCUUCGAAAACGGGUGUCUGCGACAUAUAGUAUGUCGGCUGUGGUGUCAAUGGAGGGCAAAAUCCAACCCGUCCUAGACACCAUUUGGCAGCGAUUCGAUGGAUUCGCUAAACUCGACCAGCCCAUUAACCUGAGCAUAUGGGCAUCGUAUUUUACCUACGAUGUUGUGGGCAAUCUCUGUCUCAGCGAACCUCUUGGUUUUAUCCGCGAUGGAUCUGACAAGAAAGGCUUCAUCUCAGGUAUCCAUGGAGCCUUCUACUGGAUUUCUAAUCUCGGUUAUCUUCCCUUGCAGAGCCUUUGGCUCUUGAGCCCUAUAACAGACAAGGUUGCACGACUACUCCGACUGCGUCUUGCUGAGUAUGCCCGUGCCUUCACGACCUUCUCUAUUGACAAGAUCAUCCAGCGGAUGAAGGCAGGUUCGAAUAAGAGCGGUGACAGGGACAUGCUCGAUCACUUUUUGGAAAUGAAGGGGCCUCGCGGAGAGCCAGCUCCUAUUGGCGACAUCCUUGCUGAGGUUGGCAAUCUUCUCGCUGCAGGCGCAGACACGACUUCCGUCGCCAUCAAGGCAGUGCUUGGUCCGCUCCUAAAGGAUCCUGCUCGAUAUGAGCGUCUUAGGAGGGAGGUAGACGCGGUGUAUAAAGCGAAUAAUAGCCCAGUGGACAGCAGGAGUCUAUCAUUCAACGUACUCAAGGAUCUCCCCUUUCUCACUGCGUGUAUAAAGGAAGGAGAGCGGCUACACCCUAGCAUUAUCUACCAGCUUCCGAGGGCCGCUCCGGCGGAUGGGCUCAACAUUGAGGGCUAUUACAUUCCUCCGUCUGCCACCAUAUCCAUGAGCCCGCUUGCCCAGAACCGAUGCCAGGAAAUCUUUGGGAAGGAUGCCGACGCGUGGAGACCGGAGCGGUGGAUUCCCAACGAGGGAAAUUCACUCGAGACGAUCAAGGAGAUGGAUAAGCAGAACGCUACGUUUGGCUAUGGUUCUAGGACCUGUGUUGGUCGGAACCUCGCGACAUUUGAGGUUUACAAAUUUGUCGCCCAGCUCGUCGCUCGAUAG